AUAAGCUGCUUCAACAGGGGGAUGCAACUGCGGCCUUCAGCGACUGCAACUUUUAGCUUUAUUAGGGGAGGGGGAGUUGUAGUACGUUAGACACACCGAUACUGCACUCUGUCUCUGUUAAACCCUCUAGUUGCUCUUCACUUACAAUACCCAGCAUGCACUACCAGCCCAAGACUCAACAUGGCCCUUUUAACGCAGAGCUUUGUUGGUAGAAGUAUUGCUUUGGCCCUUUCAAAAAAAAGACAACAUGGCGGACACCAAACCUCUUCACCAGACACGAUUCGAGGCAGCAGUGAGCGUGAUACAGAGUUUGCCCAAAAAUGGUUCAUUCCAGCCAUCUAAUGAAAUGAUGCUAAAGUUCUAUAGCUUCUAUAAGCAGGCAACCUUAGGGCCGUGCAAUACUGCAAGACCUGGAUUUUGGGAUCCUGUUGGGCGAUACAAGUGGGAUGCCUGGAAUUCUCUAGGGGACAUGUCCAAAGAAGAUGCUAUGAUUGCUUAUGUUGAUGAAAUGAAAAAGAUCAUUGAAACAAUGCCAGUGACGGACAAAGUGGAAGAAUUGCUUCAAGUCAUAGGUCCAUUUUAUGAAAUAGUGGAGGACAAAAAACACGGGCGAGGAUCUGGUGUGACAUCAGUACGACUGGACAGAGUUACUAAAUCUUUAGAAGAACUCGGCAGCGUCCUGACAUCUACACCAAAUGGUAAGGCAGUGAAUGGCAAGGCAGAGAGCAGUGACAGUGGAGCAGAGUCGGACGAAGAACAGGCAGCAGCAAAGGAAUUUAAAAAGGAAGAUGAAGAAGAUGAAACAGAGCAUAGUGAAGAAGAAGAGAAAGAAGUGGAACAGCAGCCUGGACAUGAGACUUCUGCAGAAAGUAUUGUUUUAAAUGGUUUAACCAAAAACAGCAGAGUCUUGAUAACAGAGGAGCCGACUCCCCUCCCUACUAAAUGUCUCAGUGAGCCAGGAGAUAAUGUGGCCAUUCCGGAAGGGGAGCCAGACAUACAGAGUGCUGUCAUAAAUGAUUCUGAAGCAGACAGAGAAGAAGACUGCACAGAGGAUAUGGCUGCAGUGCAGCAUCUGACAAGCGACUCAGACAGUGAGAUUUUCUGUGACUCAAUGGAACAAUUCGGACAAGAUGAGGCUGAUCACAGUCUGCUUCUUCAAGAUGCAAUGUUAAAUGGGGACAUAACCGAAAAUUCAGCUGGAGGAGAGCUUAAAGAUGGUGGAGAGGAUGGAAAACAGCCUGGCCACGGAGCACAGGGAAAAACAUGGAAUGGAAAGUCCGAGCAUUUCAGUUCCAGGAGAGAAAGAUCUCUUCGCAUGCAGCCAGGGGGUGAAGGAUCAAGAAGUGGACAGAUAGGCAGUAGUGGAGAUGGAGAUGGCUGGGGGUCAGACAGAGGACCAAUCGGGAACCUGAAUGAACAGAUUGCUGUUGUGCUCAUGCGGCUACAGGAGGAUAUGCAGAACGUGCUGCAAAGGCUUCACUCCCUAGAAGUCCAGACUGCAUCACAGGCACAGUCCCUGCUUCGUGAAUCUAAUACUCAGUCUGUGGAAAAGAAACCAUCAGGGUGGCCUUUUGGGAUCUCACCUGGCACUUUGGCACUAGCAGUUGUUUGGCCAUUUGUAGUUCAUUGGCUAAUGCAUGUAUUCCUUCAGAAGAGGAGGAGAAAGCAAACUUGACUGUGCUCCCCAAGUCUACUGGUACCCUAAAGCCACGCGGGGACGUCCUCUCUAUUGUCUCAGCUUGGAAAACGGUGGCUCGAAGAUGUUCUUCUAUUUGCUCUAGUAAAUUCCUUGCACUACACGAAUGAUGAUUACCUAAUAAGGAUUAAUUGUACUAAAGCGUGAAUACUAGAAAUACAUAGGAAGCCACAUUGAACUGAAUGAAACCUAAAUUAUUUUUACAUAAGAAUAGCAUGUAAUAGAUCUAAUAGCCUAAUAGUUACAGAAUGGGGCUUAGUUUGGCAGGAUUCCGACAUUAAAUCUGUGUAGUAAAUACCGUUAGCUUAGGAGCUGUAUUUUUUAACCAAAUAAAGACCUGUCUGGAGGUGCUACUUGUACCUUCUUCAUGUUAAUGGAGGAGAAUUUGGGGUGAUUUGCUUUUCAACCAUGUCUUCCAUAAAGUAGCAAAUAAAAUAAAAAAAGACACAAAUUGGCUAAGCCAAUAACCAAAAUGCAAUGUAGGAUAGGGUUGUUGUCUACUCCCAGUAUCCUCAGCUAGAAUAUAUUUGGGGGCUGUUGUUGAGAGCAGCAAUAGAUAGGGCUCAGGGUCAUUGUGCCCACAACCACCGGAGAGGUACUUUAGGGUGAGUGGGGUCAUUGUGCAGUAAAUUUAUACUACACCCUCAUUCACAUAGUGAAGCUGCACUUAUUUAGUAUUGAUUUCCUACAUACCCCAUAUGUCUCUAUGGAUACAUACAACACACAUAGGGGGUUAUUUAUCAAAUUCCGAAUUUAUCUCAGUAGUUUCUCCUACAAACUCCGAUCUAAUCCGCUCAGGUUUUUUGCGCUUAUUUAUUAUUACAUUUUCCCAAAAAUUUGUUUUGCGGGGGGAAAAAAAAAUCAGAUUUUCACGAUUUUUUCCGAUUUUCACAAUUGUUUCGGAUUUUUCACCCCAAAACUCUGAUAUUGCACGAACCCAGCGCACAACAGUAUAUGCGUAUAUGCAACCUCGACAGGUCUGAGAUGCCGGAUUUUGUGAUUUGGACUUUUACAUCCUCUGCAUUUAAUAAAA